AUGCCCGACACGCUGGCGCUGCUCCGCAAUCACUCGGAGGAGCCGCGAGCCCUGACCGGCGGCGGCGGCGGCGGCGGCGAGGAGGGCGGCCGGCCCGCGUGGGUCAUCGGCAUCCUGGCCGGCGUGCUCAUCUUCACCACCGUGGUGGACGUGCUGGGGAACCUGCUGGUCAUCAUCAGCGUCUUCCGCAACCGCAAGCUGAGGAACUCCGGUAACGUGUUUGUGGUGAGUUUGGCCUUCGCCGACCUUGUGGUGGCAUUCUACCCGUAUCCUCUGGUCCUCUACGCUCUCUUCCAUGACGGAUGGGCACUUGGCAACACCCAGUGCAUGGUGAGCGGCUUCCUCAUGGGCCUGAGCGUGAUCGGUUCCAUCUUCAACAUCACGGGCAUCGCGGUCAACCGCUACUGCUACAUCUGCCACUCCUUCUCCUACAGCCGUCUGUACAGCUACCGCAACACGCUGCUGUUCGUGGCAUUAAUAUGGCUGCUGACGGUCGUGGCCAUCGUGCCCAACUUCUUCGUGGGUUCGCUGCGCUACGACCCGCGCGUCUACUCGUGCACCUUCGCCCAGAACGUCAGCAGCUCCUACACGGUGGCUGUGGUGGUGGUGCACUUCCUGGUGCCCAUCGCCGUGGUGACCUUCUGCUACCUGCGCAUCUGGAUACUUGUCAUUCAGGUGCGUCGCAAAGUGAAGACGGAGGAGAGCCCUCGCCUGCGCCCGAGCGACUUGCGCAACUUCAUCACCAUGUUCGUGGUCUUCGUGCUGUUCGCCAUCUGCUGGGCGCCGCUCAACCUGAUCGGGCUGGCGGUGGCAGUGGACCCGUCACGCGUGGUGCCGCUCAUCCCGGAGUGGCUCUUCGUGGUCAGCUACUUCAUGGCCUACUUCAACAGCUGUCUCAAUGCCGUGAUCUACGGCCUGCUCAACCGGAACUUCCGCAACGAGUACAAGCGCAUCGUCACCUCCGUGUGGGUGACGCGCCUCUUUGUCACAGAGACGUCGCGAGCCGCCACGGACGGCCGCAGUCUGCGCAGCAAGCAGUCCCCCCCGCCGCCGCUCAACAACAACGAGUCCCUGAGGGAUCGGCCCAACAACAAAGACUGA